AUGCGAGGGAAUGCGGCGUAUAAAAGCCAUCCCCGAGAAAUUGGGGAACACAGUGCCUCCGCCAUGAAGCUUUUGGUCUUUCUCACAACGGUUACGGCGUCGUUGGCCGCCCCUCAGGGGUACAACUUGGGCAGACCCUCAGGGCCUUCUCUCAGCUUCGGAGGGUGUGGCCCUGGGCAGAUUCCCCAUGUUGACGGGAGAUGUGUUACUCCACGGGUCAACCGCCGCGUGUUCCUGUACAAUGCCCCCCCGGCCCCUGUGUCUUACAGACCCCCGCCGUACAUCCCCGAACCGAUCGUCGAUUCUAACAUUCUGUUCAUCGAAACUCCCGAAAAAGGACAGGGACCAGAUCCCAUUGUCGUUCCUCCGCCGGCACAGAGGCACGUGGUCUACGUCCUCAAUAAGCAGUCACCGCAAGACCAGAGAGUGAUCGAAGUCCCAGCACCACCUGCAAGCAACCCAGAAGUCUACUUCGUGAACUACGCUGACGGAGAGAACCCAGUUCUUCCCAGCGGCGUUGACCUUCAGAGCGCCUUGAGUGCAGCUUCCCAGGGCGGCGGCCAAGUGAUUGGAGGAGGCGCUGGAGGUGCCGGAGGUGGCUUUGGAGGAAGCGACGGUUUUGGUGGAAGUGGCGGCUUUGGUGGAAGUGGCGGCUUUGGUGGAAAUGGCGGCUUUGGUGGAAGUGGUGGAUUUGGAGGAAGUGGAGGAAGCGGCGGUUUUGGUGGAAGUGGCGGCUUUGGAGGCAGCGGAGGAUUCGGCGGCGGUUUUGGAAGUGGUGGCUUCGGAAGCGGCGGAGGUUUCGGAAGCAGCGGAGGAUUCGGUGGUGUCUCCGGCGGAGGCAGCGGCGGUUUCGGAAGCGGCGGAAGUAUCGGCGGCAGCGCAAUUGGCGGAAGUGGCGGAGGCAGCGGACUUGUCAUUUCACGACCUUCAAGUGUGUACAGUUUCCCAUAA